CUGAACUCAUCUCUCUCUCUCUCUCUCUCUCUCUGGUACAGACUCUUUCAGCUCCUAUUAUAUUGUCUCCCCCAUUUUCUGUCUCCAGGAACACCAUCUCCCUCGCCCAUCUUCUUUGCCAUAAGAUCUCUAAGCCCUCGUACUUAGUCCCAUCCUGUCGAAGCUGGGUCCGACGGUUUCCUCAGUUCCUUGAGCUCAACUCCAUAAAAGCCUCCAGAUCAUGUAAGAGUUCGUCCAUCUUCCCCAGAGUUCUCCAACCCAAAUCUUUUUUUAAAAAAACCCCAAAAAAAAAAAGAGUUUCAGCACUUCCUGUUCAUGCUACAGGGGAGCUAUCUAUCUAUUUGUUCAUAGUUUAAAGUGGCUCGUUUCGUUUCUCCAAUUAUUCCUUAGAGACACAUUUAGAAAAACCUGCACAGCAUGUAAUAUCAGCCCUUUUCACCUCUCACUCCAGGAACCCCCAAAAAAACAAAAAAAAAAUAUCAUUACCCUACUCAUGAUCUGUGCAUAGUCUUGGUGUCUACCAUUUUAGUGUGGUGAGAAUCCUGGCAAAGAUCGAGACGAAAGUGUGAGGACAACAUCAUAAAAGCCUGCGAAUCAUGUAACAGUCGCCUCUGUCUCUCUCUAUCUUGCUCCAAGCUUAUCCUCCCCCAAACCCCCACCAAAAAAGAAAAGAAAAAAAACCAAAAAAAAUUAUCUUACUUUUCCUAUCUUUAGCCGGGUAAUUUAGGGAAGUUCUCAGAAAAAGGAAAAACCAAAAAAAAAAAAAAAAAGAGCGCAAAGAAAUGGCAGAAUCGCCAACUGCAGCAUCAGCGCCGCCGACACCGGGGACGCCGGCGCCGCUGUUCCCGGGGAUGAGGGUGGACUCGCUGUCGUACGACAGGAAGUCAAUGCCGCGGUGCAAGUGCCUCCCGGUGACCGCUCCCACAUGGGGCGAGCCCCACUCGUGCUUCACCGAUUUCCCCGCUCCUGACAUCUCCCUCACCCGCAAGCUUGGAGCUGAAUUUGUGGGGACCUUUAUCCUGAUAUUCGCAGCAACCGCGGGACCAAUUGUGAACCAGAAGUACACCAACUCGGAGACACUGAUCGGCAAUGCGGCGUGCGCGGGGCUCGCAGUGAUGAUCAUCAUCCUGUCGACUGGCCACAUUUCGGGAGCUCACCUGAACCCCUCCCUCACCAUUGCCUUCGCAGCUCUCCGCCACUUCCCUUGGACCCAGGUCCCUGCCUACAUCGCCGCCCAGGUCUCGGCCUCGAUCUGCGCUUCAUUUGCUCUCAAGGGCGUCUUCCACCCUUACAUGUCGGGUGGUGUCACUCUUCCUACUGUCAGCCAUGGCCAGGCAUUCGCACUCGAGUUUCUUAUCACUUUCAACCUCUUGUUCGUCGUCACUGCCGUCGCCACCGACACUCGCGCGGUUGGAGAGUUGGCAGGAAUAGCUGUUGGAGCCACGGUUAUGCUCAACAUUCUUGUUGCAGGGCCAUCUAGCGGCGGUUCGAUGAACCCGGUGCGCACCCUCGGCCCAGCUGUGGCAGCCGGGAAUUACAGAGCCCUGUGGAUAUACCUGGUGGCCCCGACGCUCGGGGCUCUGGCUGGAGCUGGAACCUACACGGUCGUCAAGCUCCGCGAUGAUGAGACCGACCCGCCCCGCCCGGUCCGGAGCUUCCGGCGCUAGAGAGGAGCGCUCUCUUGUUUCCCGCCCGCCCCUUCCUUCGAGACUGUUCCAUUCACCAUCAUGGAUAUCUCGGCGGGCGAGGGAAGAAUCGACGUGUGUGAUAAAGUUGUGGAAGAAUAACGUAAAGUUUGAGAGCAUGGAAAGGAUGUGACCGAAAGUCCAGGCUCUAUAGUUUGGUAACGUUUGGGCUUGAAUAAGUUGGUGGGCGCCGUAAUGCGAUCCUGACGUGGGUGACCCCCCAUUGGAAUCACUGAGUCACUGACUCGGAUUCAACGUGUGCUUUUGUUUCAGCGUGUUUUGUCUUCUACCGAGAGCUCUGGUGUCUUUGGCUCUUCCCCUAUUGCAGUCGUGUCGUGUUUGUGAACGUUGGUCACUGUCGAUAAAUAAUAAGAAAGUGCAGUCGCACGGACGUGUGGGGCUUUGUGCGUAGCAUGUGGCA